AUGUCAAGCUCUUAAAAUCAGUAGUAGUCAACUAUAUGCUUUUUAGUGGAGCAAUCUUGCGAGGAUAACUCAUCGUACAACGACUAUUCUUAAUAAAUAGUUAUGUUUGUCAAAUAAAAUUAAACAAAGGAAGUAAGACCAAUCAUCGAGACUAUCAAAAAAAUAAUCAAAAACAAGAAAAAAGACUCACCAGUAAAAUUGCUAGCCUUAAAACUACUUAAUGAUUGUUUGACUCAAGCAGUAAACGAAGAAUUUUUAAGCUAUGCAGAUAUAAAAAUUAUGAGUAGAUUAGGAAAGAUGGCGAGGUAUAAAAAGGAAUCAACUGAUAUAGAGAGAGGGGCUACAUUAUUUGGCCUAAAUUAUAAUCAAAGAGCAUCUGCCGAUUUUUUGAAACUUCUCUUGCUUUUUAUUCAAAAAUGGGCUACUAUUCGAUCUAUAAGUGGGAAAUAAACUGAGACUAUGAAACUAUAUAGUGCUCUAGUUAAGGAAAGAGUAUAAAUUCCAAAUGAGGAGGCUGUUUACUCAAGUUUGAGUUUUGAUAAUUAGGAAGAGAGUAAAGGCUUAAAUAACUCUAAGCUUGCAAUCAAUAAGAAUGCUAAUCAAAGAAAGAAUACUACUACAUAAAAUAUAGAACUUAAUAAGAAUUAAUUUCUAUCCUAUUAAGGUAAUCCUUAAUAAAGAAAUAAUAGCCAAAAUAAUUUAGCAGCAGGAUCUGUUCAAGUUAAUAAGUAAUCUUAAGAUGAUUAAAGCAUAAGAUUGAAAAAUGAUGUCGCCACUGCAUUUUAACCACAAAAUUCUGAGAAAGUCGAAGAUUUAAGUACCAGAGGGAAGCAAGUAGCAUAUCAAAAUUAGAUUAAAGAGGAUUAUAAAAAGAUGAAUGAAUAUCAUAAGCAGUCGAAAUUUGCAGAGGAAGUUUUUGAAUAAUCUAACAUUUCUGGAGAAAUUAUGGAUGAUAUGCUGCUAGGUGAAUUCAGGACACAACUUACUGAGGGAAAGUAGUUUAGUGAGGAUUUCUUAAAGAAAUUGAUGGACUCCCCUUUCCCUAUUAAAGAUCAAGAAUAAAAAGUCAAUAAAAUUCUAUAAAUUAUAGGAGAAAUAUCUUCGACUCUAGAAAAAAUCCUUAUUUUCAAACCAUAUAGCCCUCGAUCAUUAAGAUAAAUGGAGGAAAAAUUAAUAGCUCAAAGUCAACAAACUCUGAAAUAGACUUCUUAAAACUAGAAGCCACCAUUAGUUUAAAAUAUGAUUUCUCCAUAAAAGAAGAUUUAAUAAAAUUCAAAACCAUAACGAUAGCAACCUCCUAAGGUCGAGAAUUUACUUAAUGAUAAUAGCAAAUAGAAUUAAAGUAAAAGCUCAAAUAAAAACAAAGCUAGAUAUGGAAUUGACAGUGAAAAUUAGAAUUAGAUAGAUAAUAAGUCAAAUGAACUCUAGCAUGAUCCAUUCAAAGUACCUUAGCUGGAAUAAAAGAACCUAGAGAAUACUAUAAACCAAGAUAUAUUUAGGACUAACUUCGCAUUUCCUUAGACUAGUCUACAAAAUAAUCUAGAUGAUAAUAAUUUCCAAAGUAAAGAUUAAUGGGGCACAAACAUUGCAGCAAAUUUUAAUAAUAAUGCUUUUGGCGAUUUUAAUAGUUUUGUCCCCAUUUAAUCUACAUUUGAUUAGCCAAUAUCCUCAAAUAGAAGAAACAUACCCGAUCAGACUAAUUCUAAAAGAUAGGAUCCAUAAAAACCAAUCGUAAAUUAAAAUUAAUAGAUACCUUUGAAAUAAUAAUAAGAUUCAAAACCAUAAUUAUAAAAGAAAGUAGAUAAUGUAGAAGUUAAAGUUGAUUCAUAGUUUGAAAAAAUUGAAGUAAAAAAAGAAGCUAUUUUAGAAUAACAGAAAGCGCCUGAAGUUAUGGUUAAAAAAGUUGUGGGUAAAUAAAAAGUUGGUUCUGGAAUACCACCUACAGUAGGAAUUCAAUAAAAAUAGAUACCUUAACAUCAAUCUCCAAUGUUCUUGUAGUAAGUGAAUAUCUAGCCAGGUUUCGAUCAAACAGUUAAAGAACAGCUAAAGCCUUUUACAUUUUUGGAAAUGAAACCUUAGAAUAAAAAACCUAAUGAAAUCUCUAAAGAUGAUGAUGUUAAUAGUAAUUUUGAAUCACCAAACAAAAAAUCAUUUAAAGGAAAUCAUACUCAAGAUGUAUAAUUUGGACUAAUCUAAAAACCCUCUAAUCAUCUAUUAAACAAACCUGAAAGCCCUGAUGCAGAUCUCAGUGAUGAUGAUGAUUAACCUAAGCUAAAUGAGAGUAUAGCAUAUAAAGAUCUAUUCAAAUUUCCUUCCCCUGAUAAUGAGUAGAGAAUAUCUAGAUAGAGUAUGGCCUCUAAUUCUGCUAAUUUUAAGAUUAUGACGAAUAAUAUUAAUCCUUAGUAAGUAAAAAAUGAUGAUUUUUCUUGGGACUUUAAUGCGAGAAAGUCGUUAAAUAAAUAAAAGAGUUCCUAAUCUGGAUAGAAUGAUUUUGGAUUCAAUUUUCCUAUUGCAAAGCAAUAGCCGUCUGCACAGUAAACAGAUAAUCAUGCUUAAAGCUAGUUAAAGUCAUCUCCAGGAAAUCCAUUUAAUUUUGAUUUUUAACCUAAAAACAGUGCAAAAAAAGAUAGUUAAAAAUCUCUCAAAAAUUUUGACACUAUAGACAAUCAAAAGUCACCGUUCUCAAUUAAUUAAUCAGUUUCUGAUCAUUAUUAAAAUUAAGCAGUAAAUGAGUUUGAUAUUGCCUCAAGUGAGUAGAAGUUUGAUUUUAAUAUGGAUGCUCCUUCAAAUACAUCUUUUAUGAAUACCUUUGAUGUCAAAGAAGAUACAAAACGUAGUGAUACAAUGAUAGAACAUAUAAAUUUUCUAAAGUAGAAGAUUGAUGAUGCCAAACUUCAAAAUGAAAACUUAAAACUAGAUCUAAAAAAUGCUUAAAUUAAGUUGAGAGAGAAAGAAAAACAAUAUGUCCAGUAUGAACCUCAGAUUCAAGACUUGACAGAAAAAGUAAAAGAGCUUGAAACUGAAAGACUCGAAAAUAGAGUAUAUAUUGAGGAAAUGGAGAGUAAGCUUAAGCCUUUAAAGAAGUUUGAAUAUCUUUAUGAGCAAGAAAAACUCUAAAAAACUGAAUUAUCCAAUGAUAUAGCAGAAAUGCAGCAUUAAGUUGAGGAAUAUAAAAAAAUGGCAGAAAGACAACAACUUUAAGCUUCAAAAAGAGAUAUUGAAAAUGAGAGGCUAAAAAAAGAAAACGAGGAUCUCCGCAGAUCACUAGAUGAUUAGAAGGAAUAAUUUGAAAAAGAUCUCGAAGAUUAGAGACUGAGUGAAAAAGAAAUUAAAAUUUAACUUCAAUAAGAACUAUUUCGAAGCAAGUAGGCCGAAGAUGAUCUUAGAGUAUAGAUUCAAAAAGAAUAAAUAGAAUUUAGGAAGAGAGAAGAGUAGAUUCAAAAGAAAUAUGAGGAGGAAUUGAGAUUAGCCAGAGAGACUAUGCAAUAAAAUAUUAGAAUUUUUUAGAUUGAAAAGCAAUCACUAUUGAGUGAUUAGAAUUAGCUGAGAAUAGAAGUUGACUAGCUGAAUAAGUAAUUAAAUGAAGAAAAAGAAAGAUCAAAGGAAUUGAGCUAACAAUAAAAAAUGGUUAUAAGACCAUCUAUGAUAAAGUUCAACAAAGAGAAAUCACCUGAUGUUGGUAAAAGGAACAGCAUGGAAAUGAACUAGUAGGAGGUAUAAACAGAAAGAAGUCCAGUGAAAGGGAAUUUUUAAAUUGAUUAAUUCGAAGAAAUUAAGGUUAUUGUAGAAGAAGAUGAGAUUAAACAGGAGCCAGUGACAGUUUCUGAGGAAAAUAAUUUUUCCCCUUUUACAAAAGAAUCUCCUUUUAAAAUUAAUAUGAUGCUUGAAGAAGAGAAAAUAGAGCAGCAAUAUAUUGGGAUCAAACCCUUCUAAAACAUCGAUUAAAUUGGAUAAUUCAAAGUUGAAAUGAUUUAAGAUUUGAAAAUAGAUUUAGAUAAUGACAUAAACUAAUAUGAUAGGAACAUCUCAUUAGAGGAAUCAAUGUCUCCUGUGCCUAGCAGUGAUUCAGACAGAGAAGAAAGAAAGUAAAAAUCUCAGAAGUAAAAAAUUUAAGAGCCAAUCAAAAUUGAAGAAGACUUUAGCUUUCCACCAAUAGAAAGGUCUCCACAAGUAUUAAGUUAAGACAAAAAUUUAAACUAGGAGAAAUCUGUGUUCGACUUCAAUUUUAGUUAAGAACCUGAAAUUAAGUUUGUCGAAUAAAAUGAUACAAUAUAAGAUAAGAAUGAGAAAAAUGGUUUUGAUUUUACCUUAAUUGAUAGGACAGACACUCCAUAGAAAUUAUUUUAAAAGCAAGAAUCUUAGAAAGAUCAACCAUAAAAAAAUGAAAAGAUACAAGUAUUGGAAGAAAGUCCUGAUAUCUGGGAUUUUAAUAACAGAAUUCAAGAUUCGGUUUAAAAAGGAAAAGAUUCAGAAGAAAAAGUAAAAUUCCAAGAGAAAUAAGAUUUAUUCAAGAUAGACUUUAAAGCUAAUAUCUAGGUAAAGGAAAUUGAAAAAUAAGAUUAUAAUCAUUUUAAAGUCCUUGAUAACAAGAUACCAAUUUAAGAAUUGAAAAUUGAGUAAGAAUAAGUUAAGGGGAAUAUAUUUUUUGGACCUUCAUUAGUUUCUCAAGAAAAUAAGAUAAUUGAACAAGCACAGAAAAAGGAUGAUGAGUUAAAAUAAAUUGGUAAGACUAAUGUUGAGAAAAAGGAUUCAUUUUUAGAGAUGUUUGGUGAUAUUCUUGGAAGCAAUAAAAGUAAAGAUGAUCAGUAAUAAACCAAACAAAUCAUAGAGCUAAAUCCAAAAUAAAACUAAGAUUUCGAUCUGAACUUAGAUGAUCUUUUAGGACUAGGAACAUAAAACUAAAUUGAUACUUAAAAUAAAGUUGGCUCAAACUCUCUUGAAAUAAAAAAAUAGAGUCCAGAAAUAAAUAAUAAUCUUUAUACUCCUGAAAAACUGUAGCCAAUUUAAUAACAGGAUAGUCAUGAAAAGAAAUUGGACUUCAAUAGAAUGUUUGAGGUUCCUCCUCUCAGAUAAUAAUAGCAAGAGAAUAUAAAUAUACCACCGAGCAACAUGAACCAUGGCUCCACAAAUAUUACUCAAUUAAAUAAUGUAAAUCAUUCAUCACAGAGUCUACAAUAAAGUUAAAUUUUCCCAAUGAAUAGAGAAUUAGAAAAACAAAAUUUUCAAACUCAUUAAAUUCACAGCAAUUCAAAUCACUUACUAAAUAAUUAGAUACCUCAAUAGAAUUUAUCUUAGCAUAUGCAUAGCGGUCCUUAAUAGAAUUAAAUUUCACCAAUGGCCUAAUAAUAGCAAAUAAAUCAGCCUCAUAUUAUACCAGGACAAUUCUAGACCAAUAUCUAACCCCAAAAUCCAAUAGUAAAUCCAUUGAUGCAAAAAUCUUCACCUCAGCAGUAGCAAAAUAAUUAAAUGGGUAUCAGCCCUAAUAAAGACAUAUCCUUUGAUAAAUCUUAAUUUUCAACAGUAAACACUGAGAGUCUAGCAAAUGAAUAGAAUAAAUUAUAACUAAGGUUGGACCCAGCAUAACUUCUACGCGCUAAUCUACAAAACUAUUUCAGGAAGUCAUUGGGUUCUAAUAAAGCUGUUCUUUAUGAGGAUUAGAAUCUCUAAAUAGGAAUGAUUUCAGAUUACUAACCAAAUGGGUAAGUAAGAAUGAGAGUUUUUGUAGGAGGAAAGCCUCAAGGAUAAAUGGUUUCUCAAAUCAAAUUUGUUACUGCAUAAUAGCCAAUUGGAUAUCAGGUAUCUUAAAAUAGGGAUUCAAUACCUGUUAUUCAGCAAGGGUAGCAAGAACCAAUAGAUAUUACUAUUAAAAUUGCAGGAUUUCAGCUUUCAAUACCUCUGUACUCUUUAAAUUACUCCCUUAAUAAUGUUUAAAUGUCCAACUUACCGAUUAGAUUGCCGAUUAUUCUGCUAAAAUUCUGCUCUGGACUUGACAUCAAAGAUGCAGCAGGAUACAUUUUUAAAUGGAAUUUUGAAUGUAGUUCUUAGGAUCACAAGUAAUCCUUCAACGUAGAUUUUAACCAGUGCAGGUCACUUUCUUAAUUGAAAGAGGUUUUGUAGCUUGGUAAAAAUGCCAUAACAUUUGUAGACGGAGUAGAGGCUUAGAAGAAUAUCAUUUGUGGAGGAACAAGUUUCACUCUAUAGAGUCCACCAAUUUCAGUUUAGGCCUUAAUUAAAAUUACAAUCACUGCAAAUGGAUAAAACUGUGAAAUAGUAGGCAGAAGUAAUGACAAUGAUAUGGGAUUGAAUGCAGUAGGUGGAGCAAAAGGCAAAUUUGUGCAGCAUAUUAUGUCUAAUAUACUUGAAAUGAUAGCUAUUCAUAUUAAUAAUUGA